AUGGCUCACACAAUAACAGCUCAGGAGCUGACAACCCUGUCUACUAAGGCCAUUGACGCCAAGGCGACUGCUUACUGCCCAUACUCCAAAUUCCGCGUCGGAGCAUGCAUCCUCACAACGUCAGGCGAGUUCAUUGCCGGCGCUAACGUCGAAAAUGCCUCCUAUCCAGUCGGAACAUGUGCUGAGCGCGUGACUAUUGGCACUGCUAUUGUAUGUUCUUUGUUCUCUUUCCCUGCUCUAACUCACCAUGUGGUUGGGAAUCUACUUCAGUUGUUCUCUAUCAUUGUCGUCGCCGGCCACAGAGAUUUCAAGGCUCUGGCUGUCGCGACGGAUAUCAAGCCUGCUGCGUCGCCUUGUGGGAUGUGUAGGCAAUUUAUUCGCGAGUUCACCUCGCCUUCUUUCCCCGUGUACAUGUAUGACGGGGAGGGAGAUUAUAAAGUCAUGACUUUGGAGGAGGUGAGUUUCUUCUCUUUUUUCUCCUUCUUUUUGGAUAUAUCUGUUUGGUAUCUCUUCGGUUCUCUGCUGAUGAACCUAGUUGCUGCCCGACUCUUUCGGCCCCGACCAUCUUCAAUAGGGAUAGGUAUGUUUACGGAGUUCAUGGACAUCAAAGAAAAGAGGGCGAGGGGAUUGGAAGUAUGA